UACGAUUACGAGGAAGAUUUUUUAAAAGAGGGACUAUUUUGGAUUUUUUAAAAAAUGGCGAUCAACACAGAUGCCGAGUUUGAGAAAACUACCUUGGGUGAAAGUGUCAGUGCGCAGCCUACGGAGUCCCAGGAGACAGAGAAACUUCUCAGCAUCACGACCACGGAGCCCACCCGCGAAAAUAACCUUAAGCUGUCUAACUCCUAUGCAGUCAACAUGGGGAGCGUAAAAUCCUUGGAUGCUGAACAAAACGGACACAGUUCGCCAGUGAGGUCGGGGUCCGCGGGGCAUCUCGGGGCGCCGCCUCUCUCCCCGUCCCGUGUCAGUUUAAGCCGUACCUCCUCUCUGGGGAACACCGCUAAGGACCAGUCCAAGCCUCGGGACUAUCUGUUUUUGGUCGUUUUUUCAUGCUUCUGUCCUCUUUGGCCGGUCAGCAUCGUUGCGCUGGUGUACUCGAUUAUGUCUCGGAGCAGCCUUGCUCAGGGGGAUGUGGAUGGUGCGAGGCGUCUGGGGCGCGUGGCUCGACUGCUCAGCUUUGUCUCUAUCUUCCUGGGCUUGGCCAUCAUCAUCAUCUACAUUGUGGUAUCUGUGACUAACUGAGAACACCAGUUGGAGCAGAGGACAGGGAUGAAGAGCCGAAUUUGAUCCAUCCAUCUAUAACAUAAAUAUAUAUCUGACAAACCAGAGAACACGAUGCAAAAAAAAAGAAGUUCUGUCCCUUCCAAAACAAAAGUCCCCUGCACCUCAAUGAAAGUAACCAGCCCAUUCAUGGCAAUGGGGAAACCAAUAUUCAACCAAAAAAAUAGAAGCUAAAAAAGCAACAUGUGCAUGCAGUAGCUAACAUCUGCCUGAAGAAACAGAACAAAAAAAAAACACACAGAGAGGAAGAGGAAAGCAAUGACAGCACGCUGUGUACCUGUGGACUCUGAAGAUGGAGCUGAGGUCCGGCGUUCUCUCAGCAUUCGCAGAAAGGCACCCAAAUGGGAGUGGAGGCUUGUGCAGAGAUCUCUGCAUGGUGGAAUCUUCAUCUACUUAUAUCUAUGAGUGACUUCUUACAUUCAAAGCAUAUGCAAUUAUACAGGUCUAAUAUUUACAGUAUGUAAUCCUACAUAUUUUAUAAAAGGUUUGAGUGCGGGAGUCACUGUAGGCCGCAGGAAUGAAGGAAAGUGUUUGGGACAGUUGAAAAGGGUGCUGGUGAGUCUGUGUGGUUAACGAGGCUGUUUGCAGUCAUCGGUGUGAGGGGGGGAUUUGGAUUGCUUGCUGUUUUGUAUUUUUUUAUGAAA